UUAUAUCGGGUGAUUUUUUUGAGGUUAGGAUUUUCAUGCAUUAGUAUUUGACAGAUCACGUGGGAUUUCAGACAUGGUGUCAAAGAGAAAGAUGCUCAGUAUGCUUUGACAUUUCAUCAUGAAUAGACUUACUAACGAGCAACGCUUGCAAAUCAUUGAAUUUUAUUACCAAAAUCAGUGUUCGGUUCGAAAUGUGUUUCGCGCUUUACGUCCGAUUUAUGGUCUACAUAAUCGACCAAGUGAGCAAACAAUUAAUGCGAUUGUGACCAAGUUUCGCACUCAGUUUACUUUAUUGGACAUUAAACCAACCACACGAAUGCGUACAGUGCGUACAGAAGAGAAUAUUGCGUCUGUUUCUGAGAGUGUGGCUGAAGACCGUGAAAUGUCGAUUCGUCGCCGUUCGCAGCAAUUGGGUUUGUGUUAUUCGUCCACAUGGAAGAUUGUACGCAAAGAUCUUGGUGUAAAACUGUAUAAAAUACAGCUCGUGCAAGAACUGAAGCCGAACGAUCUGCCACAACGUCGAAUUUUCAGUGAAUGGGCCCUAGAAAAGUUGGCAGAAAAUCCGCUUUUUUAUCGACAAAUUUUGUUCAGCGAUGAGGCUCAUUUCUGGUUGAAUGGCUACGUAAAUAACCAAAAUUGCCGCAUUUGGGGUGAAGAGCAACCAGAAGCCGUUCAAGAACUGCCCAUGCAUCCCGAAAAAUGCACUGUUUGGUGUGGUUUGUACGCUGGUGGAAUCAUUGGACCGUAUUUUUUCAAAGAUGCUGUUGGACGCAACGUUACGGUGAAUGGCGAUCGCUAUCGUUCGAUGCUAACAAACUUUUUGUUGCCAAAAAUGGAAGAACUGAACUUGUCUACAGAAAUAAGCCAGCAACUAUUCCAGCUUUGGAGACAACAUUUCCGAAGAAAUUCGGGCUAUUCCGGCCGAAAUGCUCGAAAAAGUUGCCCAAAAUUGGACUUUCCGAAUGGACCACCUAAGACGCAGCCGCGGUCAACAUUUAAAUGAAAUUAUCUUCAAAAAGUAAAUGU